UCAAAUUCAAGGACGAUUGAUAGUCGAUGUAUCACGAGUGUAGCCAAAUUUGUAGAGUUGUGUCGAUCACGGAGCGUAGAUCUAUAUUGACUCAUCUAGAGUCCGUGUGUGGAUCGAGAUCCAGAAUAAGCUAAUUGUGGCUGUGAAACCUAUCACGACAAACCAUGUCUGCGGCCUUCAACAAAGCUGCUGAAGAUGUAAAGGGUUUAAAAACACAGCCAGCAGAUGCAGAAAUGCUGGAAAUCUAUGCCUUGUACAAGCAAGUCACAGUUGGGGACAUCAAUACUGCCCGCCCUGGCAUGUUGGACUUCAAGGGAAAGGCCAAAUGGGAUGCCUGGAGUGGAAAGAAAGGCAUGUCAAAGCAGGAUGCAGAGAAAAGUUACAUUGACCUGGUAGAUCGACUGAAGCAGCAGUACAAUUAAUAGACCUGCCUGCUUUGUUCAGAUAAAUGAUCAACGUUUAAGAAUUUCAUACUUUUAUACUAAGUAUUAAUUUACUGUGUUCUAAUUCUUAUAUGUAAAAUAUUCAAUAUAAUAUGUUCAACUUUACUUUACUGAAACUGUUGUUCUAUUCUCUUUUAAUCUUAACAUGUUUUUAAGUUUCUUUCAUGUUUACACUUCAAGGUUAUUUACAAUGUUUAUUGUACAAUUGUCAUAUUUGUUUUUGAACAAUGGGCAUUUGUGUUUUUACUCUUUAGUUUAAAAGGAAAUCCAUUUUAUGGCUUGAACAAAAAUCCAUGUGGCAAAGUCAAUUUCUUAUAUCAUGAAAAGUUAUUGCUUGUAUUUUCAUUUGGCUAUUAAUUUUACCUUAACAUGAAUCGUAUUGUGAAAACAAUAUAAAUAUAUUCCAUUUAAAUCUUUACAAACAAACAGAAUAUAUAUAUAUAUAUUGAUAUCACAUGGUGAUUGGGCACAUCAUGUUUUUGUGACAUAUGCUCUGGGAUUUUUCUGUUAUUAUAUACAUGUAUUUUCUUCCAGCUGUGUUAUUUAUAAAUGAAAUGUGUAACUGGUAAUUAUUACAUAAAAAUUUGCUUUAAUUCAAUUGUGUUACAAUUUUAAAAUUCUAUGAUUUCCACUUGAAACCUGUUAUUUUGGUUUGCAUGUACCACACAACAAAAUUGUAUAUUUGCAACAUUCUUUAAUCAUAGGAAUGUUAUUUGUCAAUACUACAUUGCUCAGAAUUAGAUUUACUUUAUUGUAUUGUUUUUUCAAACAUUCUGAAAUAAAUUAAAGUCUUUUU